CAUAAACACAGGUAGUCAAGUAUGCGCGUCUUGUUAUGAAGACUUGUUAUAAUUCGACUGCCUGAAUCAGAUGAAAACCUCAGUGUAAAGAAUUUUAAAGAUAAAAAAACAUGGAGCCUUCAAGAUCCAAAAUGGGUGAAUUGAAAGAUGGGAGCAGGAAGAAGGGAAAUGUGUUGAAUGGACAGAAGGUACGGGAUGAUGACAAUGUUUACGAGCUAGAACUGAAAAUAAGGAUGGGGCAUGGUUGGACUGGAAGCACGGGUGGAAAGAAUGAAAGAGGAACAGAAAAGCAAGGUUCUGGGGAUAGUUUGAAACCAGGAUCUGGACACCGUUCUAAGGUUUUUUUCCCUGAAAAAACUCCUGUUUCCAGCAACAGUGGAAUAUCAGUAAGCGACUACCUAGUACUUCUAAAGUCACUUCGAAUUGACUUGCCCAAUGGUGUACUGAACCAGAAAGUCAUCAGGCUCUCAGAGAAUGCAGGCAUCAUUCAGAAAGCCCAAGAUGUUGUAAAAGAACUGGAAAACUUCAAGUUUCAGUUUAACAGCACUCCACGUCUCGGCUGCCGGGAACUAAAGAACUCACUGCCAUUGAAAGACAAUGGAAAAAUUCUUGAACUCACAGAGAUGAUUUUCUUUGAAAAAAGAAAAGAUUCAGAGGAAGCUUUAAGAUCGCAGUGGAGAAAAAACGUAUCAAACACAAGUUGUGGAUUCAGGUUCAGGGACAAAUACCGGACAAAAGCCAUCUCCACACCCACGAUGUAUGCUACAACACAGACAAGGAGCUGGAGACAUUUAGAAGUCGGAGACAAUCUUGCAAAUAUUUCUGCCGGUGUGACAGUGAAUGUCCAUGACAUUGAGAACAGAGACUAUGCUGACGAGUCAGCUCUCUGGACAGCCUCCUCUCCAAAAAGGUUCGGCAAAUAUUUCCAGAACCCAGGAGAUGAACGUGAAUGCCUCAAGUUCUACCAUGAGCUGCGAGAAACAGGUACAAACAUGAGAGUGAGGUACACCAAAGGUAACAAAGUAGACUUUGGAUUCCUCUCUGGAAGACUGGACUUCUUAGCAGAAUUAAAAGGGGAAAAAAGUGAAAAAAUGGUGAUUGAGUGUAAAGGAACCACUGGAGAUAUGGUGGGCAAAGUCUUCACUAAACCAAAAAAUGGUGAUCGUCAUGCACACCUGAAUGAAACACACGAGUACUAUUAUCAAGUUCAGGCCUACAUGUACAUCCUAAACAGGGCAGCAAUACAAACAAAAGGCUUCACCUCUGACAGGGCUGUCAUGGUGGUCAGACAUUACCACAAGAAUGGACAAGAACCCAGAGAUUUCUACUGGAAUUACAUGAGAAAGAAUGAAGCAAUACAGCAGAAAAUUGAUGAACUGCGUGUUUUCUGUGAAGAAGAGGUUCUGGCCUGUUUCCUGGCCGUUCUCAAUCUGAUCUUCCAGAAAGACACAAAGUGAAGCUUUAGAAGCUUUUUCAAACUCCAGGAGUUAUGUAGCAAAUUAUCAUGACUACUAUUAUAAUCAUCACCAUUAUUAUGAUUUAUUUCUUCUUUUUAAUGUGACCUUAAGGACAGUGUGUUGAGACUAAAUAACUAUUUUUUCCCCUCUUCAAAUCUGACAUUUAGAGAAUUCAGUGUGCAUGUGAAAACAUUAUGUUGCUAAAAUAGUAGAAUUACUAGAAUAAGGAACUAGAAAAAUACAUAGUUCUGGUUUUAUUUCUCCAUAGGUCAGUUGUUCACAUAUUAGUCAGAAUUCAUGUAGUUUUAAAUACAAAAAAAAAUACAUUUCUGUAAAAAGAAUGCAAAAUAUAUUAUUGUUGAUUAUUGAUUAUUGCUGAUAUUUAGGGUCAGUGUUUCAAAUAUUUAAUCUUUUAUGUUUCUAAGUAAAUUGGACUUAGGAUGUUCCAAUAGAAGUGGGUAAAACACCCCAUACUUACACUAAAGGUAGUGGACUCUUUUAAUGGGGCCUGAAAGCAACCUAAGCACCACAACAGGAACCGCACAGCAAUGCGCUUACAACAUUCAGAACACCUAGCAACCACAUAGCAACACUGUGGCAAAUGCCACCAUGACUGAUUUCAAGAUUGUAAACAAGUGGAAAUUAAUUUUCAUUCACUCCUUCAAGUGGACUGUAUAAGUGGACUGACACAGGGAUCAGUGAAUGAGAAAAAAGUGGGGAUUUUUGGACAGCAACUGUCUAUUAGAUGUGUCAAAGUUUUAAAUCCACUUGUUCAGAAUUGUGCACAUUGCAGUGUAAAUGGAAUGAGUGCUGUCACUUUUUGCAACAAAAAAAAA